AUGGACAGGGAGAAGAAGGACGAGCUCCCGAAGAUGCAGGUGGGCUUCAUCACGUCCAUCUGCCUGCCGCUGUAUAAGGCGCUCUCCGAGUCCUUCCCGUGGGUGAAGCCCUUGUACGACGGGUGCGCGAGGAACCAGGAGCAGUGGAAGAGGCUGGCGGAGCAGGUGGACAUGGGGCUCACCUGGAUCGACCACGAGUACAUCGAGAAGCCGGUCGAGAGACAUGAACUGGAGGUCAUUAGCAAGAUCACUCUCAACCCGAAGCCAGCAUCCCAGGGAACCCCCCCUCCGCCACACAAUAAGGCCGAGGGCGGAGGCAAGGGCCGCCUGGGCUUGUCCUCGGCGCUGCGAGGGGCGCGAGCGCUGAAGGGCGGCGGCAAGAGGCGGUCGGUGGAGAAGCGGCUCGACAGGGUGAUGGACUCCUCGCACGAACAGCGGCCGGCGAGGAUGUCCCCGAAGGACGAGGCGGCCCCGUCCACGCCCCUGUCGGAGGAGCCGUCGCAGCAGGAGGACACGGCCGUGCUCGCGCGUGGGAAACACCAGGGAAAGGCCUGUAAUAAGCUACGCAGCAGGUUGUGUGUGCUUCUGUGACGUCACCAGGCCGUUGGGGAUCGGGACAAGGCUUGAUCACACCGCUGGGGGAGGAGGGGGAGGGGGGGGAGGGGGGAGGGAGGGGAGAAGGGUUGGCCACGCUCCUGAGCCGUUGCCCUUCCCACUUCCUUCCUCCCUUAAUUUCCUUUUUUUUUUCUUUCUCUGGUCUGUUCCUUGCUUUUCU